AUGGAGUCCGACUACCCAGACUCUGAGCCCACCGGUCUGCACCGAGCGCAGACAUACAACACCAGCAGCGACGACUCUGGAUCUGAGGAUGAGCGCGAGCUACUACCUGAUCUACUCAAGGGUAUUCUCCGCGAUAUCGAUCAUGCCACCAUUCGUUUCCCGCUUGACGACUUCACCCAGCAACGGUGCGACGAACUCGCCUCCCAUGGCACUGGCAAAGGGGCCUCUUCCAAUGCCUUGCAUCUCCUUGUCUUCGAUCUAACCUUGCCCAAAAUGGUCACCACCAGUGCUCUCAAGGAGCUUAUUACUUUCCUGGUCCAGCAUCCAAACAAGCUCAUGGAGAGAAAAGACCAUCAAGGCUAUACGCCGCUUAUGCGCGCCAUCGAAGCAAAGAAAAUGGACGACAUGGUCGGCUGGAUGUGUGACGCACACCCCAACAUCGACGCUGUCCUGGCCAUUUGCAAAGACAAACGCGAGAAUUGUCUCCAUGUAGCCGUCCAGAAACGACACGCUUGCCUCAGUAAACUCAUCGAGAAAGCCAGCCCUAAAACCGUCGCCGCCAGAGACUCCAAAGGCAAUACCCCUCUUCACUGGGCUGCCGAAUACAAAAGGUGUCGAAACGACACUUGGCUCUCUGUGGUAAAACAGCUCGUGGCCAAAGGCGACGACAUCGUGAAGAACAGUGUUGAAGGUGACCUAAACAACGCCGGAUUGUCGCCAUACCUUCGCCACAUAGAGUCUCGCAUGCACGAUGAGGCUCGCAGGGAAAUUGACACAUCUCAAGAUAUGGUCCGCACCAAGGACAUGCUGGAAGGGAGGCUUCCCUUCAGGCAGCUUUCACGCGAAUCAGGGGAAGAGAGUGCUGCUUUUGAGUCAUUGUCUGCCUCGCGACCGGCUAAUCCUGAAAAGACAUCGAGGUAUAAUCGUUCUACGGCGGCAUACCGUGAUACGCGGAUGGAGUCAAGGUCACCCCUUCACCUGGCACUGCGCGGAGGUUUGCGGUUUAUACCACCGGAAGGGCUAGAAGAGAAACAAGCGCGCAAGCUGAAGGCCCAAGAUGAAAGAUCAGUCAAUCACAAGAAAUCCAGGGUCGAUAAAAAGGUUGCCGAGAGCGUACAACAGUUUCUCAAGUUACAUUACUUGCGAUCCCGCAGCGAGAACGAUUGUAGAGACAUACUAUAUCACUCUGAUUUCACCCCAGGCUUCCAAGAUCUGGUUCUGAAUCUUGACCUUUCCGGACGGACGGGCAUGACCGAGGAAGCAUUUAGCAAACUCAUCUCACAACUAAAGUUCGAAACGGUCCUGCAAUAUGUUGCCGUUCCCAAAAUUAUCAUUGAGAACACAAGAUCUUCCAACGUCAAUCCAACACAGAACGACGAAUCUACGGGCAGGCAUGAUCUAUCUCGAGUUUUUGAGAGCCUUCGGUCAAAGAAUGUCUGCAAGAUACUCAAGGUCGUUGUUGACGACACGCUGACGCCGCCACAUAGUGACAAGGUCAUCGAAGACUCUCUAAGACCAAUGAUGGUAGAAGUGUGGGAUUGGAAGAGGAUUGAUCUUUGCUCCGAGGUCAUUUACAAUGCCGUACCUACAGCUCGAGAGGUUUACCUUUACUCCAGCGGCAACAAUGCUGUUCUCCGCAGCUGGAGUGAGGAGGGUGGCCUGAAAAAACUCAAGUCUCUAGAGACUGUUCAUCUUCACGUGGAAACUGGAAUCGAGACCAAAGGGCGCAUGAAACUAUAUCUCGACGAAUUCACCGAAAGAAUGAAAAAGACUUGCCCAAAUGUUACAGUCCACAUCGACAGUCCCGCAGUUCGCAGGGCGAGGAAGGCAAAUGUCGGUGUAGCAAGAGCUAAUGGCAGAAUUAGCGAACCAACAACCAAAAACGACUGGAUGAUAUGUAUGAAAGAGUUUCGAAGGUUGCUGAUGAACGCCGAAAACAACCACAAGACUGAGAGCGGGAUGAAAGUUUGGCAAAGUAUUGAGACGCCCAUCACAGUUGCUCUCAUUGACGACGGCGUCGACAUAACACAGUUGGAGCUUGAUGCUGCCCCCUUAAUUAGCGGGCGGACUUUCUGCACAAGAGACGAGGUCAAACAUCUCAGUCAUCCGCAUUACGCUUCAAGUACCGGGCACGGAACUCACAUGGCGCAGAGCAUACACGCCAUCUGCCCGAGAGCCCAGUUCUUUAUCCUAAGGCUUGAGGAUUACCCAUCCGAGGAUGGUAGCUCACGGCAUAUUACUGCUAAAAGCGCAGCUCAAGCCGUCCGCGCAGCCGUCAAACAAAACGUCCACAUCAUCUCCAUGUCCUGGACAGUCGACAUCCAAGAAGACGAAGCCGCCGGCCAGGAGCUCGAAAGCGCCAUCAAGUCCGCCAGCGACAGAGGCAUCCUGAUGUUCUGCUCCGCCAGCGACAACGGCGCCAACUUCCGGGACACUUUCCCUGCCAAAGCCACGCAAAGCAUCUUCAAGAUCGGGGCAGCCAAAGACUCCGGCGCCGUAGACGAGUGGGUCGGCGAUCUGAACCGGAUCGACUUUACUUUUCCCGGCAACAAGGUCGACCUCGAGGGGAGACAAGUAUCCGGCUCGUCGGUCGCCACGGCCCACGCUGCGGGACUCGCUGCGCUUAUUCUGUACUGUGUCCAGGUGCGGCUGUUUUUGGCGACGGAUAAGGCGGAAAAGGCGCAGGCUAAGGAGGACUUUGAGGCGAUGAGGAAACAUGCGAAGAUGUACAAGACGUUUAAUGAGACGAUUGGCACGACGGCGGAGAGUAAGCACAAGUUUGUGAAAGUGUGGGAGACGUUUGGGGCGCCGUGUCAGAAGCAGGAUAAGCAGCCGGAUCGACUGCUGGAGCUGGUUGCUGAGGUGGGGACUAAGCUUUGUAUGAAGCUGUGA